AUAAAUCUCAUGUGAAAAUGCACAUGGGGCUUGUUUGUUGCGUCUCUCAGCUUAAGUUGGAUAUCCUAACUGGCUGACCAAUGAAAAUUAGUUCCCUUGGGUGGAGCCUCGCACAGGCAUGUGGACGUUCACCUAGGGGUGAAAUUAGAUUUGAUAAUAUCUGUCCCUAAGGCAUGUGGAUGUUCCCUAUCUAUAGCCGAGUCCCCUUCAAUACAAAGAAGGCUAGCCUGCAUAUUGUCAUAGCUCCAUAUUGGCUAAUAAGAAGGAUGCCACAUAAGUUUAUUACUUUGGGUUGAUUCUUCUUCCGACAUCAUAAGCUUUUGGGCUGUGAGUCCCUGCGAAGUGGUACCAGGCUUAUUAUGCAUCACGACCUCUUUCACUGAAGGAUACCAGAGAGUCAAGGAGGAUCUAGUAGGAUUGAGUAGGAUCUGAGUCAUGAUGGGCUCUAUCUUUUGAGUAGGAGCCGUCAAGGAGGAUCUAGUAGAAUUGAGUAGGAUUUGAGUUAUGGAUGGGCUUUAUCUUUUGAGUAGGAGCCAAUCGUGAUGAGGAUGCCAUGAGAUUAGGUGGAGUAGACUAUCAUAGUCUUAUAUUGCCUAAUAAUAGAGGCUCACCAGUUCUUCUAACAAAUUCAAGCAAGGAUCUCUUCACAGAUGCAUGGCUUGCCAAGGCAACAUAAACUUCGAUUAUUUAUUUUUAUCCAUUCUCCUUUUAUUUAUUUUUAUUCUAAAGAUGUGUUUAGUUUGCAAUCAAAAUUAAAAUUGGAAUUAGAAUCGGCAUAAGAUAUGAAGAUUAAAAGAGGGUAGGGAUUGGAUUUUCGAAGAUUCGGACAUUUUCAAUUUUUUUAGAAUCAAAAUAGAAAUGAAACUUCUUCCAAUCAAAUAGCUGAAAUGGGAAUCAUUCAUUUCUAUUUUAAUUCUUCUCGUUUUAAAAUCCAACGCCUUCCAAUCAAAUAUACUCUAAAUUUCUAUUCACUCCUCCCUAUUUCUUUUUGGACUGUCUUGAUCUGCCGAGCCACGUCUCUAUGUCGAGUGGGAACAACUGGGGCGCCAUUUUCUGUCAAAGCCAUGAGCUGCCUCUGAACGGAAAAAAAAUCCGGUGACCCACACACGGGGAGGUCAGAAAAGCUAGUCUCAUUCAUGAGUCCUAAUUAACACCAUUCUGCUACCGAAUUGAUAGCUUGAACCAAAACUAUCCACAAAGAUACCCUCGCGCCUCCUUGCGAACACCCGAAAACCCAUCGUCAUCCUUCCGAUGCUCGGCCCCUCCCACCACCACCCGGCCACUUUCCUCCAUGGCUCCCUCCGCCCCAAACCAAAUAAUCCUAACCUCAGUCCCUCCUUCCCAUCCUUCUCUCUCCCAUCCCCUUCUCUCCUCUCCCGCAAACCCCUCCUCUCCUCCUCCUUUCUCGCCUUCGAUUCCAGUAACCAAUCCAUAGACCCAUCUCUAGAAGAAUUCGAAUCCCAAAUCGACUCCUCUCACCUCCCCCGUCGGCAGAAUGCCCGCUCCACCUCUCUCCUCCUCCGCCACUUCCAGUCCCAACCCGAGCAAACCAAAUAUGACCCAGUCCUUGACGACGAAGAGCAAGAAGAGGAGCUCCAGAGGAAGAGAAUCGUCGACGAGGUAUCCCUUACCACGAGGAGGGUCCCCAGAUUCCCCGGCUCCAUUGAUUUCCCCAAGGCCGAGCAGAUCGAGCCUCCCCCUGACUUCCGCCGUCUGGUCGGCACUGAUGAUCGGGUCCUCAAGCGGGCCCUCGAGGUCCGCCGAGGGGUCGCAGCCGAGAUCUUGAAAGAUGCCUUGCAAGCAGGGAGGCUCAGCAUUAGAUACUCCGCCAACCUUGUCUCCAAAAUGCUGGAUUUCGUUGAUCGGGUCGUGAUCGAGGCGGCGGCGAUGAAAGGGGUUGCGGAAUUCUCGCAUCUUUCUUUCAAUGCUCGGGCGAAGAGCUACAUCCAGUGCUCUGGCGUGGUCCCUCUAGUCAAGUGGUUGAAACACAAUUCAAUGACGUAUCCACAAAUUGGGAAGGUAAUUUGCAUGUGUUCUGGUGAUCUCUCGCCAGUGAGGCGUCUAUGUGAAUGGUUGAAGUCGAUUCAUGUGAAGGGGAAGUAUCUCGGGGUUGUGCUUGUAAAGGCAGGCCCCAUUUUCAACCGCAGUUUAGACAUGCUGGAUGAGAUUGCCAACUAUCUAGAGAGAAAUGAGGUGAGGAGGGAUUGGUUGGGUUUUGUCGUUACCCGAUGCCCCCAGGUGUUGGCUUUAAGUAUGGAGGAAUUGAAAUGCCGAGUGAAGUUUUAUCUGGACAUGGGAAUGAGUGAGAAUGACUUUGGUACGAUGGUCUUCGAUUAUCCAAGAGUGCUUGGGUUCUACAGCCUGGAAGAUAUGAACAGUAAGGUCCAAUACCUUAAGGAGUUUGGCUUGAGUACUGAGGAUGUUGGACGGUUGUUGGCCUUCAAGCCACAACUAAUGGGUUGCAGCAUUGAGGAAAGGUGGAAACCCCUUGUAAAGUAUCUGUAUUAUCUUGGUGUUCGUCGUGAUGGUAUGAGGAGAAUGCUAAUGAUUAAACCUAUGAUUUUCUGUGUUGACUUGGAGACAACCAUUGCGCCAAAGGUACGAUUUCUGCAGGAUAUAGGCAUCAAAAGUGAAGCCAUUGGUGGAGUCCUUGUCAAGUUCCCACCCAUAUUAACGUAUAGCCUGUACAAGAAAAUACGCCCCGUGGUUAUUUUCUUGAUGACAAAAGCUGGAGUCACUCAAAAGGAUAUCGGAAAGGUGAUUGCCUUGGAUCCCCAGCUUGUGGGCUGCCAUAUUAUACAGAAGCUAGACAUUAACGUUAAGUACUUCCUGUCAUUGGGCAUACGCCUUCAGUCACUAGGCGUGAUGAUUGCUGACUUUCCAAUGCUGCUCAGAUACAAUUUGGAUGUUCUUCGCCCUAAAUAUAAGUACUUGAGACGAAUUAUGGUCCGUCCAUUGCAGGAUCUCAUUGAAUUUCCUAGGUUCUUUAGUUAUUCACUAGAUGGAAGGAUAGUUCCGAGGCACAAGAUUUUGGUGGAACACAGGAUAAAUUUUAAGCUGCGGUACAUGUUGGCAGGCUCCGAUGAAGAAUUCAAUCGAAGGGUCCAGGCUGCUAUUGAGAAACGAAAAAGAUUUGAAUCUGCUGGCACAUAUGCUGAACUUCCUGAUUCUGACUCAACUGAUGUGGCUCCAGUAGCAUCCUAAAUUUCCCAGGGAUUUGGGGGGGAGGGAGAGAGAGAACUUAUGGCUGUCUGACAGUCCUACUUGUAAAUGUUAAAGAAAGUAAUGUAUUUAUUCUCAUAUUUUAAUUAGUUGAUCUUGAUAAUUCUGCAUCA